AUGGAAGUCUAUGUUAACGAUUCAAUCGUCAAAAGUAAAGAGGACAAAAACCAUGUCGCGAACCUGGCCGAGACCUUCACCGCCCUAAGAAAACACCAAAUGAAGGUGAAUCCGAAGAAGUGUGUUUUCGGCGUGAAGUCAGGCAAGUUAUUCGGUUUCAUGGUGAGUAAAAGGGGGAUUGAUGCCAAUCCCGCCAAAGUGCAGGCAAUGCUCGACCUUCCCGAGCUAAGAACAAAGAGGGACGUUCAGCGUCUCACUGGGAGAAUGACUGCCCUGUCCAGGCUAGCAAAGUGGGCCUUUGAGCUCACUGAGUUCAGCAUCAGUAACCAGCUGAGAACAGCCAUCAAGGCUCAAGCCCUAGCGGACUUCCUCACCGAGUGUUCUUACCAAGAGACAUUGGACGAGGAAAAGAAAAUUUGGACUGUAUUCACGGAUGGAUCCUCCACCGUAAAUGGUUCGGGGGCAGGGGUAGUCAUAACCUCGCCCGAAGGCAAGUCCUUUGAAUAUGCACUGAAAUUCUCAUUCAAUGCUUCAAAUAAUGAAGCUGAAUAUGAAGCAGCAAUUGCUGGCUUAGAGCUGUGCAUAGCAUUGGAAGCUGAGCUGAAAAAUCACUGGAACCCUUGGCGAGUGCAUCUAUGUAAGUGCAUAUAUUCCGAGCCGAAGGUUAGUACUUAG